AGGCCUAUGCUCCACCCCCUCACCCCAUGGCUCCUCCCAGCCCCAGCACCAACAGCUGCAGCCAGGGAGGGGCGGAGCAGCUGAGCAAGACCAACCUGUACAUCCGAGGCCUGCCACCUGGGACCACCGACCAGGACCUCAUCAAGCUCUGCCAGCCGUAUGGAAAGAUAGUUUCAACAAAGGCCAUUCUGGAUAAGAACACCAACCAGUGCAAAGGCUACGGCUUUGUUGAUUUUGACAGCCCGGCUGCAGCACAGAAAGCCGUGUUGUCUCUCAAAGCCACGGGAGUGCAGGCGCAAAUGGCCAAGCAACAGGAGCAGGACCCUACCAACCUGUACAUCUCCAACCUACCCAUCUCCAUGGACGAGCAGGAGCUAGAGAACAUGCUGAAGCCUCUGGGGCACGUCAUCUCCACCAGGAUACUGAGGGAUGCCAACGGGGUCAGCAGGGGAGUUGGCUUCGCCAGGAUGGAAUCCACUGAGAAAUGUGAAGUAGUCAUUCAGCAUUUCAAUGGAAAAUACCUGAAAACCCCACCAGGAAUUCCAACUCCCACAGAGCCUUUGCUGUGUAAAUUUGCAGACGGAGGCCAAAAGAAGCGCCAGAGCCAGAGCAAGUACCCUCAGAACGGGAGGCCGUGGCACAGAGAGGGCGAGACUGGGAUGGCGUUGACAUAUGAUCCUGCUGCAAUGCAGAAUGGGUUCUACUCCUCGCCUUACAGCAUCGCCACCAACCGCAUGAUCGCACAGACCUCCAUCACGCCCUUCAUCGCUGCUUCCCCAGUUUCCACAUAUCAGGUCCAGAGCACAUCAUGGAUGCCUCAUCAACAAUAUGUUAUGCAACCUACAGGUGCAGUGAUCACGCCAGCCAUGGACCACACAAUGUCCAUGCAGCCUGCCAGCAUGAUGGCACCCCUCACCCAACAAAUGAACCAUCUGUCCCUGGGUACCACAGGAAGUUACAUGACUGCCGCAGCGCCUAUGCAAGGGACCUACAUCCCCCAGUACACUCCUGUGCCUCCGACGGCCGUCCCUGUCGAAGGCGUGGUGACUGACGCCUCCCCCCAGACGGCAGCUCCCUCAUCACAGGAAGUGGGCGGGCAGCAGCAACAGAUUCAGGUGGACAGUGCCGCUGAACACGCUUACUCAUACCAGUCCAAAUAACAACGGCCUCAAAGAAUGUUCCUGUGACAGCGUUGCCUUGAGACAUGAGGUGGCUGCACUGUGAAUGUGAGUGGGGAAGAAAGAGAUUGCUUCCAGAUUGCCCAGGCACCAAAAAAGAGACACUUUUUUCAUUUUCUACCUGGUCAACUAUAGAGAAAAAAAACAAGAAAAAAAACAAUAAGGAAGCAAUGAAUGCUGAGAAGGGCGUUUGGGAAAUUGCAGGGGCACAGUGCAAAGGAGUGGAAUUGUUUAAGAUGGGAAAAGCUGCCUAAAGGGCUGGGAUGAAGCUAGAACAUUUCUCAAAGGAAAAAAAAAAAAAAAAAAAACAACACAAAAAAAAAAAAAAGAGAAAAAAUGAAUGUGAAGUUUAUUUUGUAAUUAGAAAGGAGGAGUCACGUUUGAGAUACACACCGAAGAUUGUCUUCCUCAGAUAUUAAGCUACGGUUAGUUUUCAGUAUUUCUUCUGUUCUAGUGAUACAUUUUUAGUUUUCGAGAUAUAUUUUAAAACCAGAUGUUUAGGGUUUUUUUUGUUGUUUUUUUCCUUCUUGAAUCUUCAUGGCCUUAAUUUCAAGGGCGCCGGACAAGAGACUUUUUACAAGCUAAAGUCUGACGUCUGGUUGGGGAAAAAAAACAAACAAACAAAAAAAAAAGUCAGUCUUUUGGCGCACGUGGAGGUCCGAGGAACUGAGCGAUGACGAGGAAACAGAAUCUCUCCCAUAAACUGUACAGAUUUAAUAGAGAAAAGUGUUUUUUGGGUUUGAUGAUUAUUAUGUCAGAAGUAACUAGAUGUUAAAAAGAUAGCAAAAUGCCUGAUGUGGGGGUGACUUGAGAUUUUUUCACAGCGAGGAAAAAGCUGCAUUGUGUAUGCAGUCAACGCUUUUUUUAUGGUCACCGUUAUUAUUUACCGAGCAAUGUCGCUGUCAAUCACAUGACUGCUUUUUAUCUGCCGCAUUUUUUAUGAGCUUGAAGAUGUUUUUAGCCUGCUUUGCUUGUCACACUGCAAAAAAAAAAAAAAAAAAAAUUGAUAAAAUGUACAAAAAAAUAUAUAAUGGAGAAAGAAAAAAAAACUCGGCAGUGCAACAAAAAUGUUCAAUCAGUGCAAAAGCAAUAGAGGAAAUUGUUGACAAUUUCUGUAGUUUUUCCUAGUUGUGGAUCAAAUGCAGCCCACAAAUGGCCAUUUUUAUACCAAAGAUGAAGAUACACUCUGUUUAUUUUCCCCGUCUCAUUGUUUCUGUUGGUUGUUGAUGUUGAUGGUGUUGUUGAUGUUGAUGUUGCUGUUGUUCUUGUUGUCGUUAUUGCUCUUCUUGGUGUUUUUUUAUUUGGUUUCGACGGCUGGACCAUUGCUUACGUACCCUUGCACCUACACACACAUAAACAAGGGGUUUUGGUUUUUUUUAUGAGCGGUGGCAGUUUUCCGAGUUUUAUUCUCCUCUUGUUUCCCAGCGCCACCAAAAAAGUUGUGCACCUGUGGGCCACAUGGGGUCAUGGGAUCACGUACAAUUUCAACUUAAAAUAACAUUCAUCACGAGCAACAGGAUUUACAAUUUUAUUUUCAAAAUUAAAAAGGGAAUUUUGCCCAUCUGCAAUAUUUAUAUGAGACAUAAACAUCUUUCUCUUUAGUGUGCAUCCUAAAUAGUCAAAAACUGCUAGCAAGAAGCGGUUUACGAUGACUAUUUUGCCUAUAAAGCACACCAAAAAAAACAUCCAAAAAUUGCCAACAACGCUUCAUUCACAUGCAUCCAUCGCUAUUGUGAGCGCUAACACAGAGGAACUACUUUUUUGGCAUAGUGACACAGCCCCUUGCUCACACUCCUGCCAUGAGUGAAGGGUAAAAAGUACCACUGAUAGUCACACACACACACUAGGUGUGGUGAAAUUACCCUCUGGAUUUGACCCAUCGCCCUUGAUCACCCCCUGGGAGGUGAGGGGAGCAGUGAGCAGCAGCGGUGGCCGCGCCCGGGAAUCAUUUUGGUGAUUUAACCCCCAAUUCCAACCCUCGAUGCUGAGUGCCAAGCAGGGAGGUAAUGGGUCCCAUUUGUAUAGUCUUUGGUAUGACUCGACCUACCGAUCCCAGGGCGGACACUCUAACCUAGCUAGCUACUAAGCUAAUGCUGCUGAAUCGCCUCUGAGUUUGGAAAAGUUCAUUCUAGAUUAUAAAUCAGGCCUCACACUUUUUGUAGUAAGCCAAGAAGUUGGUCAACAUUACCAAGUAAAACUCCAGACCGACUAAAUCAGUGGAUACUGGCUUUCAACUUAGACCCGUCAACAUCGCUAGGUAGACUCAGCAAGAUACUUGAUUGUGCUCAACAUUUUUUUACCCGAGGACUAUUUUGAAUUUACCCGCUCAACAUGAAGCACAAGUCUGGUGCUGAAAGAUACAACCGUCCAAUCAGUCGGCAUCCCUGUAAGUACAGAUACUGUAAGUUCGGUAUGUUAUCAAUUCAAUACAUAGAGCUCAUUCUAAGACGAGUGCUUUGUGUUUCACUGGAGCUGGAUCUGCUUAGCACUCGGCUUGUAAAAUUCAUCCUCCAUAUAUUCGGGCUCAAAAAGUGACGUUUCUGGAUCAUCAUUUUUCAAAGUAGUCGCAUCCGUCGUCUCUUGUGAAGUCUGCCAUGAUUAGUGGAAGCAAACAUAGAACACGCUGUAGAUGCAAGUAGCGCUUGUUGCUUUUGCGCCCAAGAAAAAAGUUACGAUAAUGCCUAAAAUCGCCAAAAUAUGUAAAUAUUACACGUUCUCAUGAAUGUACAUACAUACUUACAGCACGUGUAUAAAACAUUGUUGAAAUGUUUCUUAGAGGGCUUUUUAGGCGAAACAAGUCAAUCCACAUUAUCUGCAUAGUUCGCCGACACUUGCUAGCAGUUUUUCACUAUUUAGAUUGCACUGACACGAGAAUGACGCUUGUUCUUGUCUCACAGAAGGAUUGUGGACGAUGGGAAAAUAUCCAAAACAAGAGCGGUUUUCCUUCAAUUACCUUUUUUUUACCCCAGAACUAAAGCUCCAUCUCGAUCCUUGCCGGGUCAGGGCGAGUUGACUCCACUCCCCUGGUUUUGAUGGCCGGCAUUCAUCAGCUUUUACAAUUGACUUGUCCUUCUCGGACCUCCCAUGAGUAACUUCCCAAAGACCAUUGGAAUCAGACCAUUUCUUUAAAAACGGAACAAAACAAUGAAAAGUAAAAUCAGGAAAAAAAACGGUGAUUUACCAAAAUUGUAACCACCAUGAAGCUUUUGACGUGUUUGAGACAUUUAAUAUCAUGGUGGCCACUUAAAAUAAACGUGUCACACGGAGCUUGACUUAACACUUUCUUAAAAACGGGAAAAGGAGUUUGUAUGAUGUUGCGUUCAAAUCCCCUGGGUGCAUUCUCUGUAACAUUCAUUGUCGUUUCCAGGUUGUUGUGUUUCUUUUUUCUCGCUUACCAAACUUGCGAGAUGACCAAAACAAAAAAAACAAUGCUAGUUUACUGCUUUUAGUCACUUCAGCGGUAUAGUGGGAAGGGGAUUCAAAUGGCCCCAUUUGUCAAGGUCUACCUGACACAUGAAACGUGACAAGUUCGGGGUGCAGUAUCCACUUUAGCUGCUAGACCGCAGUAGAGUGUUGACUAUCUUGAAAUGUGUUUAGUAGCAAUUCCAACUUUGGCCACGGCGUCCUUUGCUAUGUCGGGUGGCGCUUUCUAUUAUUUUUAGCAGACUGCAUUGCAACAUGAUUCUCACCUCUCACGUGAGAUCUACCCAGGAAAGGGGCCAUGUGAAUCUCUUCCCUGCUGUAUGCAGGGUUGUGCUUGUGUUGCCAUGGAGGUAAUUGUGCGAUAUGAAUGCACACAACAUAACCAGAAAGAUAUCAGCUAAAAGCCAAACGUGAGGGUUUUUAGGACAACAAAAUAUGUUAAACACCCGCGCCAAAUGUUGAAACAGUUGGAUUUUUGGCUUUGACAUGAUUGUGUUUCCAUGCAGUUGCCAGAAACAUUCAGUCUGAAGGUGCUCCCUGCUUUGACGUCAGUACGGCAAAGAUCUAAACAGGUAGCUGAGAGGCACAUUUUCUAGAAUCACCUGUUUGUUAUUUCUUGAUUACAACUACCUUAGGACUAUAGAGCGCACCGGUAUAAAAGCCGCACCUUCUAAAUUUUAGAAGAAAAAAUGUUUUUAGAUAUAUUAGCCGCACCGGACCUAUAAGCCACAGAUAUAUACUUUCCAAAAUGAGUUAUUUACACAGAAAUAUUUUGUCGAUGUCUAUUUGCAUACCUUAAUUGUUUCCAAACGUUGUCUGUAACACGGCAGUAAAACGGCAGAUUAAACAAAACAGAAGUCCUCAUCAUGGACGCACUAGCUGCUGAAACUAGUGGGUACAAAACUCAUUUGUAUACUCUAGCCUUUAAAUUGACCCCCCUUUUAGACCAGUUAAGCUGCCGUCUCUUUUCUGCUCUGGGGCACGAAUUAGGUGACCACAGAUGAUGUGCUAGCUGUUCAAAGUCGGGACUCGGGGUGGACCGCUCAUCUGUGCCUCAGUUGAUGACGUCUCUGCGCUGCUGACUUGUUAAAGUUAAAGUACCAAUGAUUGUCACACACACACUAGGUGUGGCGAAAUUAUUCUCUGCAUUCGACCCAUCACCCUUAAUCACCCCCUGGGAGGUGAGGGGAGCAGUGGGCAGCAGCGGUGGCCGCGCCCGGGAAUCAUUUUUGGUGAUUUAACCCCCAAUUCCAACCCUUGAUGCUGAGUGCCAAGCAGGGAGGUAAUGGUUCCCAUUUUUAUAGUCUUUGGUAUGACUCGGCCGGGGUUUGAACUCAGAACCUACCGAUCUCAGGGCGGACACUCUAACCACUAGUCUCCACUCAAGAUGAUCUCUUGCUGGCCCCACUGUGGACUGGACUCUCACACUAUUAACUAGUUCCACUCGACGUCCAUUGCACCGGUCGUCUGCGGUCCCCUCCAAGAUUUCUCAUUGUAUCCCAUUGGGUUGAAUUUUUUCUUGCCCUGAUGUGGGAUCUGAGCUGAGAAUGUCAUUGUGGCUUGUGCAGCCCUUUGAGACACUUGUGAUUUAAGGCUAUAUAAAUAAACUUUGGUUGAUUGAUUGGUUGAUUGAUUCAUUGAUUGAAGCUAGCUCUCCAAUCAGCUAAACAGACUCAAUAACUCCACAGUGACGUUUUUGUAAAUUUACUGAGGAAUUUGUGAAAGUGAAACAAUACAAAAAGAAUACCAUUGUAAGUUAAUAAUACUACCACAGAAACUUGUAAACAUGUUAGCGUAGUAGUUAAUGCUAAAGACACUAUUACGGUAGCACAUGCAAAAUAUCACACACGGGACGGUUUAGUCAGUAUGAGUAGUUGUAGUUAUAUUGUAAAACUUACAAACGAUGCGUGGAGUGAUGAAUGAAGAAUACAUGUGAGUAGAAACUGUCAGGUUCAAACACUGAUGACAUCUAUUAAACAAGACAAGAGGCAAAGAAUUAAACAGAGACACAAUUCAAUUUGGACUCAAUAUUGAGGAGAAUCGUCUGUACACUGUACCCUUCACAGUAUCUCAGCACGCUCUGCCAAAAGAUUGCAUGCCUCCUUCUUUUAUUUUGGACCCUCCCCGACCACAUGGCCAUGUUUCCAAAGGACAAAGGUUGCAAAAAGUUCACCGAAAAGGUCGUAAAUAAUUCACAGAAAAGGUCAGUUCAAAAGGAGUUCGUAAAGUAGUUCCAAAAGAGGUCCAUAAAAUAGUUCAAAAAGACGUUCGUAAAAUACUUCAAAAAGAGUUCCAUAAAAUAGUUCAAAAAGAGUUCGUCUGGAAAUUGGGCAGAUCCUGCCAUCUCUCCGCUUUGAAGUCCUUGGGUUAGAACAAUAUCUUUCUGUAGAUUACCAUACAUGAAAGAACACGGGAAGAGUUUUACGAGCCUUACUCUUGGUAGGUUCCAAAGACAGCUUUUGUCUUCUCCAGACACUCAACGUAUCACAAAGUUUUUGUGAUAACUUACAAACAAUUAUUCUAACAGAAACGCUAUGGACGAGUACGAUAUUGAACGGUACUUGUACUCCCAGGUUAAAACACUUCAUCAGAAGGAAAUACUGGAGACGUUCACCCCGCAGCACGUGCAGUGAGUGACCUGUUCCAAAAGAUGGCGCCGUAGCACAAACCAUAACACACCUUUUCAGUGUCUCUGCUUGUGUCUGAUGACAACUACUUGUUGAACACAAAACAUUAUGGCUGGCCGUUAGCAAAGAAAACACCAUAUAAGCCGUAGGGUUUAAUGUUUAGUAAAAAAAAAGUAUAAAUAGACGUAUAGUCCAGAAUGUAUGGUAAUUAAAUUAUUCAGGGUAGGUUCCUUACUGUCAUUAUAGUCCGAAUAAAAUUGUCUCUGUUAUACGCUAUAUUGCCAAAAGUAUUUGGCCACCUGCCUUGACUCACAUAUGAACUUGAAGUGCCAUCCCAUUCCUAACCCAUAGGGUUCAAUAUGAUGUCGGUCCACCUUUUGCAGCUAUUACAGCUUCAACUCUUCUGGGAAGGCUGUCCACAAGGUUGCGGAGUGUGUUUAUAGGAAUUUUCCACCAUUCUUCCAAAAGCACAUUGGUUAGGUCGAGAAAGCCCGGCUCUCACUCUCCGUUCUAAUUCAUCCCAAAGGUGUUCUAUCGGGUUCAGGUCAGGACUCUGUGCAGGCCAGUCAAGUUCAUCCACACCAAUGUCUUUAUGGACCUUUCUUUGUGCACUGGUGCACAGUCAUGUUGGAAGAAGAAGGGGCUUGCUCCAAACUGUUCCCACAAGGUUGGGAGCAUGGAAUUUUCCUAAAUGUUUUGGUAUCCUGGAGCAUUCAAAGUUCCUUUCACUGGAACUAAGGGGCCAAGCCCAACUCCUGACCCCUCUCUGUCAGUUUACGUGGCCAACCACUUGGUGGCUGAGUUACUGUUGUUCCCAAACUCUUCCAUUUUCUUAUAAUAAAGCCGACAGUUGACUUUGGAAUAUUUAGGAGCGAGGAAAUUUCACGACUGGAUUUGUUGCACAGGUGGCAUCCUAUGACAGUUCCACACUGGAAAUCACUGAGAGCGGCCCAUUCUUUCACAAAUGUUUGUAGAAACAGUCUCCAUGCCUAAGUGCUUGAUUGUAUACACCCGUGGCCGGGACAAGUGAUUAGGACACCUGAUUCUCAUCCUUUGGAUGGGUGGCCAAAUACUUUUGGCAAUAUAGUGUAUCAGGCUUGCCGGGCUUUGUGGAUUUCUGCCAGCUUUGUUCCAUCCACUCUACAAAAUAAAAGAAGCCUUUUUUGUGUCCAUGCUUCACUGGCACUGCUAAUGUAAAAAGGCCAAGUCAGGAUCCUCCGCGCUCAUUUUACCCCUCGCUGUCAUUCGCUCCCUGGUGGCCAUUCUCUCAUGCCCUCUAUGAGGUGUCGUCUCUUUAUCGGGACGUGCAAAAGCGUGACUGCAAACCAAUUUAAGUCAUUCGUGCAAUGAGGCUUAGCGAGAGGCCAAAUUGUCUCCCUCUGGGACAAUAGGAGCCACUCCAGCGUCCCUCAAAAUAAGCAUUUCUUCCGGAAAAGAAGGGAGUUUUUUUUGCGUUGGUGGCGCUUGCAGUUGAGCCCUAAAUGGAAGAAGUUCCCUGCUACCGCAUUGCAUUUUGGGGAAAUGGAAUUACAGGUCAACCGUACUGCUCCAAAAAAGAAGGGAACAACUAAAAAUUCCGGUUCCGGUGACCAUGGAUGAGGUGCUGGCUGUCCAGAGUUGGGACCCGGGGUGGACCGCUCGCCUGUGCAUCGGUUGGGGACGUCUCUGUGCUACUGACCUGUCUCCGCUCGGGAUGGUCUCCUGCUGGCCCCACUAUGGACUGGACUCUCACUGUUAUGUUGGAUCCACUAGGGACUGUACUUAGAGGGGGGGUUACCCAGAUAUGCGAUCCUCCCCAAGGUUUCUCAUAGUCAUUCACAUCGACGUCCCUUAUGUAGGCUCUGUGCCGAGGAUGUCGUUGUGGCUUGUGCAGCCCUUUGAGACUUUUGUUAUUUAGGGCUGUAUAAAUAAACGAUUGAUUGAUUGAUUGAUUGAUUGAAAAAGGCACAUUACAGAUCUGCAUGGAGGAAAUAUUCCAGUCGAUUGAUUGCAGGGUAUUGCUCAAAAAAGUGACUGAUUUCCCGUAGCGUGUGUCGUCCACAUUGUUACGUACGGCGGGAGGGAAGGAGACGACACGACGGCAGGGAUCAGUUCAAUAGGUUUAUUGAAGCUGAUGAUAGGUUGGAGUGUGUAUGCUACUCUAAGUGAAUGGUGAAGAAUUAGCAAUAUGAAUGUCACCAGAGGUUGUUGUUUGUUGGUUGAAUCCUUCGACAGUCCAAGAUUCAAGAUGCUUUAUUAUUGUCCAUUCUUUAACAUGUACAAGACACAUAAGAACUGAAAUUUCAUUUUCGGCACAGUCUCACUAAGAGCAGACAUACGUUACAAGGGGACAAGACGGGACCGCCAACGGAUCAGCCACUCACAGCGCUCCUUAAAAAAGGUGGGAAAGGGGGAAGAGUAAAAAAAGUAUCAGUCUAAGGCUGGACCCUCGGGAGGGGUCCAAGAAAAAUACCUCACAUAGCAUAGCACACAUAAACAUGAUACAUGUAAUCACAACA